AUGGACAAGUGUGAGGAGAGCUUUCAGGAACUAAAGAGAAGGUUGACGAGUGCUCCUAUAUUGGUAAUUCCAGACGUGGGGAAACUAUUUGAAGUCUACUGCGACGUGUCUCAUCUCGGGCUUGGUUGUAUCUUGAUGCAAGAAAAGAAGGCAGUAGCGUAUGUUUCACGACAGCUUAAGGUGCAUGAGCGUAACUACCCCACCCAUGAUCUAGAGUUGGCAGCGAUAGUAUUUGCCUUGAAGAUCUGGAGACACUAUCUCUAUGGUGCUCAGUUCCGUGUGUUCAGCGAUCAUAAGAGCCUCAAGUGUAGUACCCUUACUAUAUCCAAUGACUUCUUGGACUUGAUCAAAGAGAGGCAGUUGUUGGAUGCCAGUCUGAACAGAGUUAGAGAACAACUUGGAUCAGAUAAAGCCAGAGACUUUGCUUUGGGUGAUGAUGGCAUACUGAGGUUUCAGGGCAGAGUAUGUAUACCUAAUGAUGCGGAGGUAAAACAGUUAAUUCUUGAGGAAGGACAUAAGAGUCGUCUUAGAAAUGAAGAAGGACGUGGCACAGUUUGUAUAAGCAUGUUUGACGUGCCAGAAGGCGAAGGUAGAACAUUAGAGACCCGGUGGGAUUCUACAGCCUUUGGAGAUAUCAGUGUGGAAAUGGGACAGGGGCAUGACACCAUCUGGGUGAUAGUGGAUCGAUUGAUCAAGAGUGCCCAUUUCUUGGCGAUGAACUUGAGAAUGUCCAUGGCCAAGUUGGCCCAACUAUACGUUAAGGAAAUUGUGAGGUUGCAUGGAGUACCUUCGAGCAUAGUUUUCGAUAGAUACCCACGGUUUACAUCCCGAUUCUGGCAAACCUUACAGGAGGCGUUGGGGACCAAGUUGACUAUGAGCUCAGCCUACCAUCCCCAGACUGAUGGUCAAUCAGAGAGAACCAUUCAGUCACUUGAGGAUUUACUGCAGACGUGCAUAUUGGACCAUCUGGAGGCUUGGGAUGAGCUCUUUAGCCGCUCCCAGGACAGCAGUGCUAGCUAUCGUGCCGCCAAGGCUUCCGUUAACCCUUCCUCCAGGAUACCUUGUAUGAUUGAAGGGUUUGGAAAAAUUGUAUCUGCUGCAGGUGAAUCCAGGGCGAGACCUGGUAAUCUCGCCUAG